AUGCGCAAGGAGCCGCAGCGCCUGCUUGGUUCCCCCUCAGCUCGGUCGGUUCCCGACCGAGACCCCGCACUGUUCUGGAACAGAGGUGAACCCAACAACGUGGGCCACCAAGGCGAGGACUGUGCCACCAUCUUCUCCAACGGCCACUGGAACGACAUUAGCUGUUCCGACGUCAAGGCUUGGAUCUGUGAGCGCAGCUGCUAA